GUCACAGUUGAGCUGCAGGAGAGUUCACGGUGCAAGGUUCGACGUGUCAAAACAAAGUUGUUUGUGUUUUUUUCACAAAAAAGAUAUAACAUUGUAAAGUAUUUCUAAACAAUCAUGGUCGACUCAAACUGCAUGACCCUAACGAGAUUUGUCCUCAACGAACAACGGCAACAUCCAGAUGCUAGCGGGGACCUUACACGACUUCUUAAUGCUCUUAUGACAGCGAUUAAGGCUGUGUCUACAGCUGUCAGGAAAGCUGGUAUAGCAAAAUUGUAUGGCAUAUCUGGGGUCACAAAUGUCCAAGGUGAAACACAGCAGAAAUUGGACGUCAUUGCAAAUGAACUGUUUAUAAACAUGUUGAAGUCAUCAUUUCAGACAUGUUUGCUAGUUUCUGAGGAGAAUGACACGGUCAUCGAGGUUGAGCUUGACCAACAGGGAAAGUACAUUGUCUAUUUUGAUCCACUUGAUGGCUCUUCAAACAUUGAGUGCUUGGUCUCAAUUGGUUCAAUUUUCGGCAUUGCAAAAAAGCCAUCCGAAGGUCCAAUGAAGCAAGCUGAUGCAUUGAUACCAGGUCGUGACUUUGUCGCUGCUGGUUAUGCCUUAUAUGGUAGUGCUACCAUGGUUGUUCUUAGUACUGGUAAUGGUGUCAAUGGAUUCACUUUGGAUCCGUCCAUCGGUGAGUUUGUGUUGACUGAUCAAGAUAUCAGAAUCAAACCGCGAGGAAAGAUUUACAGCAUCAAUGAAGGAUAUUACAAGUAUUUUGAUAAAGAAACAAAGGAUUAUAUCGAGUCCGUGAAAAAUCCCAAGGAUGGUAAAGCGCCUUAUGGAGCCCGCUACGUCGGCUCUAUGGUAUCCGACAUGCACAGAACUUUGGUUUACGGUGGAAUAUUUAUGUACCCAGCUAACAGCAAGAGUCCCGAGGGAAAGCUUCGUCUAAUGUACGAAUGUAAUCCAAUGGCGUUCAUAGUCAGUCAAGCCGGAGGAAUGGCCACAAAUGGCAAGAUCGAUAUUUUGGACAUAGUUCCGAAGGAGAUCCACGAACGCGCACCGAUUGCUAUUGGAUCAACAGAGGAUGUCAAAGAUUACCUGACAUUUGUUAAAAAAUAACACUCUACUUACGACUUACGAGUAUCGAUAAUGGUACCAAAUAGCUGUAAAAAUAUACGAUACACUGCAUGCGUCUUGAAUUUCUGUAAUGGUAGCACGAGCUAGUAGGAUUAGGAAAAAAAUAUCUGAAAAUA